UGAGCGACAGCGACAGCUUAAACGAGAACAGCAGUUGUGGUAGUAGUGCACGCGGACGACAGUAUGCUCCACUGAAUCCAAUCCGAGACGAACGUGCAGUACUUUUCAAACUCGAAAGAAUCAUGAGACGGCCUCUGCGGCUCUGGUACAAGGAACCUCCGCCGCCUUCACACGAUCCUCCAUCCCCUCAACUACAUCAUCACCACCAUUCACGAUUUUAUCAUCCACACUGGGGAUUUCUCCUCAUCUUAUCGGGAGUUGCCUUGCAAAUGUGGGUUUCCGUUACGCAAUUAUCGGCCUUGGAGGUACCCGAAAACAACCUCGACGUGCCCUUGCUCCCAGCCUUUCGGAGCACCCGCGAAGAUUCGUCACGAAAGACGCCGGCGUCCACCAGUGCGUGGAGGCUCUACGUCGGUCGUGUACGGUACGGCGUGCCCGUGUCCGCCGCCUCCUACACGUGGGAAGCGCAACCCCCGCGAGUCGUUCGUUUGGCUCACGACGGAUCCUACCAACAUCCGAUUCCCUCCUCCCGGAAUCGCGUGGCCCGACGGAAUGUGGCGGAACUAGGGAAUGCUUCCUGUACCUACUGUCAAUACGAGUCGGAUCAACAUCUAUGGGACUUUGAAAAACCCUUUUACGAGGACUGUACCCCCAUGGCGAAAUGGCAAACCAUCUUUUAUCCAACCUGCAAUGUCUUGCACGAAAUUACCAUGAUGCACUCGGAGGAAGACUACGAUCCAAAAGGACACGACUUGGCCGACGAGAGUAUCGAUGAAAUUGAGGAUAACGACGAUGACACCGUCCCUUCCAUCGAAGAAACCACCUUGCUGAGUAUGCAGGGCAGUUGGCGGAGUGUUUGGAAGUACCAGGAUGCGGUCAACGAUACGGCCGUACUCAAAGUGCUGAAACACAGUCGAGAAUUCGAUCACGAAUCUUUCGCCUACCACAUUACCGAUGCCAUAGUCAUGGAGCGCUUGACCUCGUCCCCACACAUUAUCAACGCUUACGGAUUCUGUGGACAAUCUGUCUUAACUGAAUUCGCUUCGGGCUCGGCGCGCAAGCUCAUUAAGGACCCCAAAUUUAACAGCAAGGAACGGCUGAAAAUGGGAAGAGAUUUGGCUCGGGCCUUGACAGCAAUGCAUUCAAUCGACUUUCCCAACAGCACCAACCCCACGCUGGCUCACAAUGACAUUAACAUUGCGAAUGCCGUUGAAGUGGAUGGUCGCAUCAAGCUUAACGACUUUAAUCUGGCCGUCUUGAUGCGAUGGAAUGAUACACAACCGUGUGGCUAUCCGGUACGGUUCGAUCGACCCAUGUGGGAAUCACCGGAAGACGUCCGCAACCUCACCUACGUAGAUCCGGCACUCGGGGACGUCUACAGUCUCGGCAAUCUACUCUUUAGCGUAUUGACAACCCGACAACCGUGGCUACAUCUGGAACCGAACGGCCCCUACAACAAAACAGAGGUUGCACAAAUGAAAACGCAAGGCAUCAUGCCAGCUAUUCCCGAUAAAUAUUUAGAAUCGCGCAAGAUGGCGCAUCACGCGUUGUAUUUCGCCAUCCAAGCCGCCUACCGAGAUGAUCCGGCCGAGCGGCUCAGUUCCCACGAACUGGCGGAAGCUUUGGGGAUCGCUCUAAAUUGGGGUCGGGAUGGAAGACGCACCUCCCGCACCGACCUUGCCAUGCUGUUUGUCAAGCCGAGACCCGACAUGUACUAA